AUGGACGGCCAAGAUCAAGGAUCAACACAAGCAUUCAACAAAGACGUGAACAAUAUUCUGAUUCAACAUGAAAAAGAAAAAGGAAAAAUUGAAGAAGGAGGUCAACGCGGCAGAGGAACAAGCAAAGCAACUAGAGGAAGAGGUAGAGGAAGCAGAAGAGGAAGAGGAGGAACAGCAACAACUAGGAAAACAAGAAGUAUAACGAAAGGAAAAAUAAGAGAGCCGAGAGAAGAGCUAGAAGAGGAAGAUAAUGAGGAAGGAAGCGAGUUGUCAGAUAUUGUGAGUGUAGGAAAGAUGGAGGAGAAGGAGGAAGAUAGAGAGGUGGAAGAGAAGGAGAUAGAAGAGAAUGAGGGAGAUGAGGACAUCAUUUCAUUAGACAAAGCAGAGUUUGUUGCCGAGAACGCACAUAUUGAUAGAGAACAUGAACAAUACCUAGCGGAGCUAACGAGACUCUAUCGAAAGGGGAACACCGGCAGAUAUGACAUCCUUGACAAAGCUUACACCAAAUGGUGCAAAAGAAUAGGAACUGAUCCGAGAGGUAUCAAAAUGUUAGAUGCGUCGAGUGAAGAAGAGGAAGAUGUAGAGUCAGGUGCUGGGAAAAGGAAGGCGAAGGAGUGCGGUACCGAGAAGUCGUCGAAGAUAGCUAAGAAGAUGAAUCACGGGAAGGUGUUAACACACCGAUUGAUAGACCUAGCCCCUUACUGGGAUAAUAGGAUGAAAGCCUGCUUUGGUUACGUACCACUUACAAUCUUCGUACCGGCGUGGCUUCUGGCAGACAAGAAUCACAUGUCGAAUUGGCAAAAACAAAGUUCUUCUUGCUCAGACGUGGUGGCGUAUGUAGGACUAAGAGUGCCGAGUGAAUGGAGACAGAGUUUCUUGAUGUGGUCAACUUUGUUUCAUUUGUAUGUUCAAUAUUGGAGGAUGAAAUAUCAACAAGAAGAGAUUGCUUGCAGGCUGGAAGAGCAUUAUAAAAUUGUGUUAGAUAUAAAGGCAAAAAACCAUGACGCGUUUGCUCCUGCACUGAGGUUUCAAGUUGGUUGGGAUAUGAUAUCGAACGGAGAUGAACAAAUCACAGCAGUGACUGGUGGAAGGAUGUUCUCCCAUUUAGCGCCAAGCGGGAGAAAUCAAUCGCACGCUCCGACCGGUCAGUUCUUCGGUGAAGUGAAUGGGCAUUAUGGCAAUCACCAGCACGAGUCAGUAGAAGGAGCAGGAGGUGUGAAUUUUCAUCAGGGUAGUAGAGGAAGAGGGAAGCGCGGCAGAGGUUUUAACAGAGGAAACGGAAAUAGAGGAGGAGGUACGCGAGGUGGCGCGCCCUCAGGCCCUACGACUGUAGUGAACGGGGUAACGGUACCAAAGUUCGGUCCAGGAGCGUUUGAAGCGGUUAAAGCGGCGAAGCAAGCCGGAGUAAGUGGGAAUAGCGCAGGAACACAGUGA